GUUCGACUGAGAGGGAAAAAGAGGCAGACAAAAUCGAAGACAUUAAAAAAAUGAAUGAUUUAGAUGGCAGCCAUAAUCGAAGAAAGAUGCCUGCCUACCAAACAAAGCCAAAUGUCUAGAAGGCUAAAGAGCCGAGAGAACAGGGCUUUGAGUGGUCUUUUAAAACCACUUAGUCCUCUUUCGAAGCAAAAACAGAGUCGAGUCUUCCCUCUCAAGUUUAGUCCCAUACUCCUCUUGAAAACUUGGUCUUCUUUCCUUGCCCGUUCUCGUUGUCUUUAUUCUAUUUGUAUUUUUUUGAAUAUGGUCGUUGGAUGAUUUUUUCAAAGGCCCGAGAUUCAUCGCUCGCUUCGCUUAUCUUGUACUCAAACUCAUAUGGUUCAAGCGAAGAUCGAAUUUGUAGCGCAAAAACAGACGAGCAAUUAUCUAUAG